GUAUUCUAACCCAUUCUCUUAAAUGACAGAGCUCAGAUCCUUCAUACCUUAUUUUGACACUGAGGGAUCUAGAUCAAUAGGAUCAACUUAUAUACAUUGAAGUUUAUUUGACAUCUAGCUACUGUCCAUGUGAAGAAAUAGGAACAAUUAUUAAUCUGAGGAUGACUAAAGACGCGUUUGCUGUCACUGUCGUGGUAUUGUGGCUGCUCAGCACUCCAGCUAGGAGCAGAGAAACCGGGGGAUUUCAAGGCGCCAUUCCUCACCCAAAUAAAUACAACCCAAACGACUCGGAACAGUCACCGCAGACACCGCAGACCAGUUUCAGGGGAAUGGGACCGCCUUCAGUCGGGGACGAGGUGCUGGACUCUAGCCAGGAGGCUCUAUACGUAACGGAGCGCCGGUAUCUGAAACUCGACUGGUGUAAGACUCAGCCGCUGAAACAGAUCAUUAAAGAGGACGGCUGUCAGCCACGCACCAUCAUCAACCGCUUCUGUUAUGGCCAAUGUAACUCAUUCUACAUCCCACGACACGUUUAUCAGGAAGAAGACAACGCAUUCGAGUCGUGCUCGGUGUGCAAGCCCAAAACUUACACGACCGUCUCUUACACCCUCUAUUGUCCAGGACAGAUCCCCAGUACCAGGAGAAAGCGCGUGCGGCGGGUGAAACAGUGCCGCUGUACCGCCGUGGACUUGGAUUGAGCGUGCUGACGUCAUUGUUUAACGUCCGUGCGGUUGAAUAAAAAUUACGGUUCUUUUAAUUUCUAUCGUUUAAAUUAUAAUGCAGGAGCAUCUUAUCCACAUGAAAAAAAACACUGUAGUAUACUUUAGUAUUUACUAUAGUAAACUGUAAUUCGGUACAAAAAUCCUAAUUUUUAAAGUUUAAUCAACUUAAAUGUACAAUUCAUUUCAACUUUCUUGAGUGAGAAGUUGCUAUAAAUUAUAAAAAAUAAAGUUGAAUUAGCUUAAAGGGAUAGUUCACUUUAAAAUGAAA